GGUUCCCUCCAUGUGCUCACAUUAACUCGAUCAAAAAUGAGAUUUUUGUGAACAACAUGGUUGACCUAGACAGUGCACGCAAAGACUCAAAAUGGGUCUGUCCAAACGACAGGGGUCUAGCCCUACUUGCCAAAGUGGGGGCAGGGUGGUCAGUGAAGACACAGCACAACCAGACGUACCGUCAACAAUCAGUGGCUUUGGACGAAACAGAACAACAAAUCAUCCUAGAGGUCAUCAGAAGGGCAGAGGCUUUGGAGAGCAUUGAACAAGAAAGAGUUGGAAGGUUGGUGGACAGGUUAGAUAAUAUGAAGCGCAAUGCUAUUGGCAGUGGGACAAACCAAUGUAUUUUGUGUGGAGCUCAGUGUGUUCUCUUUGGUGUGAUCACCACCAGCAGCAUAGUGUGUCGGGAUUGCAAAAAGAUGGUAUGCCAGAAAUGUGGUGUUGAAAGUUAUUCUGGAUCAAGAAAAGAAGUAGUAUGGAGGUGUAAAAUUUGUUCUGAAACCAGAGAAAUGUGGAAAAAAUCUGGAGCUUGGUUCUUUAAGGCUAUUCCUAAACAUGUUCUCCCUGUUAAGAAACCUCCUGAAAAUAAGUUCCUGUAUGGAAGUCGAGCUGGUUUUGAUAAGAAAAAUUGGUCUAGAGCUUCAAAUAUGAGAUCAUUGGAGGCAGAAGAGGAGUCAAGUUCUGAUGAAGAGAGAGCGUCUCGUCUUUUAUCCUCACGUUCCAAACGAAACGAUGAACCUGUGAAUCAAAGCCAGUCAAGUUUAUGGCAAGUAUCUCCAGUUGAAAAACGAAGUCCUGGAGCUCGUUCCGUUGACUUAACAGCUGAAGUACCUAGCAUUGACGAUCGAUCAGUUGGGUCGAAGGUAGUGAUAGGGGGGUCUAGAAGGGGGAUGCCGACCCCCUACAGACGUGAGACUAGUGAGAGUUCAGAGUCUGGUAGUUCUACUAGUCAAACAGUCAACCACCACACUCUGACCCAUAGUUCUGACUCUGCAGCAUCCCGCAGUCCUCGCAUGAACAACGGAGCCACCGAAGACUUCAAUUACUCCCCCUCCUUCUUGUCACACAGUAGACAGAACUCACAACUAAGUCUUCUGACAAGCCAAGGCUGGUAUUCUGAUUCUGAUCGGUUCUCCCUCUCAGGAAGUUCUCUCAAUGGGCAGAAAUGUAGUCUUAACAUUCCUGAUGAACCUAUAGAACAGACCACCUCUCUAGAUGCUAACCUAGGUCUCCUAGAACUCACUUUGGUCUAUGAUUCCGUCGCAAGCUCAAUUCAUGUUUCCCUUCACCGUGCCAAGAAUCUCAAACCCAUGGAUAUAAAUGGUUUGUCUGAUCCAUUCUGCAAAUUGAAUUUGUUACCUCUAGGAAUAAAAUCCCAUAGACUGCGUACAAGAACUGUUCAUAAAACACGCAAUCCUGAAUUCAAUGAAACUUUGACAUUCUACGGUGUGACAGAAAAUGACCUGGCUGUAAGAGCUCUACAUGUUCUUGUAUUAGAUGAUGACAAGUAUGGCCAUGACUUCAUGGGGGAAGCAAGAUAUCCUUUGGACCGUCUUCGUCCUGACGUUGCCCGACAGCUCACACUCUUCUUGGAAAAGCACUAUCCAGUGGAAAAUGAAGAAGAGGUGUGGGGAGAAGAGGGCUGGACUCAUGGACAAAUUCUUAUCACUUUAUGUUACUCAACCAAGAGAAAAGCCCUGAUUGUAGGCAUUAUACGAUGCACAAACCUACUUCCCAUGGAUAGUAAUGGCUUUUCUGAUCCAUUUGUGAAAUUGUAUCUGAAACCGGAUCACUAUCACAGAAAAUACAAAACUAAUGUAAAAUGGAAAAGCCUGAAUCCAGUUUUUAACGAAGAAUUUGUAUUUGAAACGAAAAUGACUGAUCUACCACAACAAACCCUGGUGUUAACAGUAUGGGACAAAGAUUAUGGGAAGAGUAAUGAUUAUUUAGGAUGUUUGGAGCUGGGAUGCAAGUCCAAAGGAGAAAGGUUGCGUCAAUGGGUCGACAUGAUCAAAUUCCCUGAUCAUAAACACGAAGGGUGGCACAACUUGUGUGAAGAUCCUCCUCCCAGCUAAAAUAUAUUCUCCUCAUCUGAUACGUGAUGAAUAUCAUAUCAUAAUGAUUUAAAUUUGAUACUUUUAACAAGUUUUCAGGUAUAAUGUUCAGUUAAGUUUGAUCCUUCCAUGUAUGUGCCAAAAACUUUUUCUAGCCAAAGAGUUUUCACUUGUAUUUGUGAAAAUAAAUUGUAUGUUGACAUGGUUAUUUCCAAUGGUUAAUGGUGCUGUGGCUUUGAGUUUGCUGCAUUAUUUUGCGUUUAUAUUAAGGAACAAAUCUAAGUACCUAAGCACAAAAACAUGCUCAUGCCUCCUUAAGGCACAAAUGGUAGUACUAGGUAGUAACCUACCAUUUCAGGAGACACAGAUUUUGAUAAUUGUGUCUCAUGUUGAUUAGAUAACUGAAUUAAUUUAGAAAAAAUAUGAUCUGAAAGUUUCACAGUUGUUUACAAGCAUAUUUUUUACCACACAGUUAUUUUUACCUAUCUCAUUUCUUACACAUGAAGAGCACUGUAUUGAUUUUUAACUCAAACAUUUUUUAGUCUAUUAUUGGGGUUACUAUACUUCAAAAUUGAAUUGUUUCUUAUUCCCCCAACUGUGUUUUGAGUUUAAAUCACCUCAGGGAUAUAACAUUAAAAAAUAAACAAAUAAGAGUAUUUAUGUUAUUUAUGGGUUGAUUAAAACAGCAAAUUAUAAUAGUUUGUUUAUAACCAACCAGUUUACUAAUAAAUCAGGGGUUUUUAAAUUAGAAGAGAAAUAUGAAGUUUGUAUUUUUGUCAUUUUAGUAAUUUAUAUUUCACUAUGACAUUAGAAAUCACUAUAUUUGUAAGAGCUUUUAACUAUUAUAAGAUUUUAUAUUUAAAUGCAUUACAGUACUUAUAAUUGCUACAAAUCAUGAUAUAAGAUUGUGUGUGUAUAUCAAUUUGCUUACACAAUUUCUAAGGGACUAGUUUUUACAUUUAUAAAUAAUCGAAUGUUUAUUAAAUGGUUUAAAAGGGGGUUCAGCUAAAUAUUGUAUGUUGUCGUUUUAACAUUUGCUUUGUACAAUAAAACGCUUUCAAACUUGAUAUUCCUAUAUGCUUAAUAUAUCCAUUCAUUUGCUUUGAAAAUAACUUAUUUGUGUUUGUGAAGUGCAUGUGUGUAGUAUGAUUGUGUUUUUGUUUCAUACACAGGACAACUAUUUUUAUGUCAUUUUUUACUUUUAAAAAGACAAUUUUUCUUUGGUUGAAGGUGACUUCUUAUCAACAUGACAUACUAGGCUUAUUGUUAAAACAUGUUGAACAAAAUUCAGUAUUAUAUUACCUAGGUUAGGAGUGUUAUUAUUGAGUCCAUGAUGGGUCCGUUACUUGUUAAUAAAGCCAUUAAAGUAUUGUGAAGUGAUGUAUUUAAAAUGUGAUUUUUAUCAUAAAUUUUAUAUAACUCUGUUUACAAUGUUCUAAUCCAUAUAGCCUGCUUAAUAUUUAAAUAAAUCAUAUUUAUUAAAAUUGAAACUAUUAACAAAAACUGUGUGCAUUUGUUUACAUUUAUUUUCAGAAAUAGUACAUACUGUAAACUAUGUCUUAACUCAGGUUUUACAUUCCAACUAAAAAUUUAAACUGUGUGUACGUUGAACUUGUAUAUUCAAAUUCACAAGACUUCUUUAAUGUUUCUUCAAAAUACACGAGGUUCGACAAAAAUAGAUUAUGUUUACUGAGACUCCAACUUCGACUUAUAGAAGUAAAAUAUAAUUGUGAAACUCUUUCAUGUUAUGUGGGGUUAUUCUUUAACUUGAACUAGUUUAAAACUUUUGAUUAAAAAUAAACAAGAAAUUGGAGAUUUUGAGCAAUCCAGAUUUGAGUUGGCUAGAGGCACCUGGCUAAACCAUAAUUAUAAUAAUUAUUUUUAGUGCACUCAAGCUACAUAAUAUUCAAACAGUAUUAGGUUUUAAUACAUGUUGCAAUCCCUAGUGAUCUGUAUGUAAUUAAUGCCAAUGGAUUCACGUACAAACAACAAUCAUCUUUUGAAUACUACCAAAAACUACUUAUAUGUUUUCAAAAACUCUUUUAAGUAUAAUGAUUUAGUAAGUAGUAAGUAAUAUGCUAUCACCCUAGUGUUCUUAUGAAUUUCCCCAAAAAAUUGGGUUUUAAAAUAUAAAAUUUGUAUUCUCUUUCAUUUACUUCAUAUAACUUAAUGUUA